GGCGUCAGCCGACGACUCGUAAUGACUAUAGCCCCCAUGAUGCUCGGCGGCGGUGACGCCAGCGGUGGGUGGAGCGAGGGCAGGAGGCGGCGACGCAUGCGUAGUCCGCGGACGGGCGCUUCCGUCGAGUGGCUGAGAGCGGUGGAGGAAGCGGCGGCGAAGAAGGAGGCCAGCGGCGCUCCCGGGCGGCGGGUCUGACAGAUUGCUGUUCCUGAAGAUGGCAGGUUGAAUUCUGAUUGGACACCCCAUCUCAAACUCUCCCUCCCCUGCCCCCUUUUUUUGGGGAGGAAGGUCAGAAAGCCCAGUCGAAAUGACAACGUUGCCGGGUCCUUCUGCCGGGCCUCCCUCGUCCCUGCCGGAUCCGGGCGUGGCGGUGUGGGAGUGGCAGGAUGAGUUUGGCAGGUGGAGGCCGUACCCAAGCGGUGUGUGCAGCUACGUUGAGCAGUCUUUCCAGGCCCUCUUGCAGAAGGGGCGUCGGUCGCUGGGCUCCUGGCCUGUCAAUGGCAGCAUUCCUUUGGGGCAAGCGGAUUCCACCCUGGCCCCUUACAUCAUCGACAUCCCGAAUCUAACGCAGUUCCGUCAAGAUACAGGGACAAUGCGGGCUGUGCGCAGGCACGUUUUCCAGUUGGAUUCGGCAGCCGGGCAGGGCGUCAUCUGGGAGUGGCAGAAUGACGAUGGAGGCUGGCUCCCCUACGAGAUGAACGUCUGCACCUACCUGGAGCAAGCCUUCAUGGUCAACAGCCCCCGGGUGGAUCUCGGACCUUUUGGCCUAGAGUAUUGGGUCGAUUUUCUCGCGCAGACCCAGACCAAGAAGACCACUGGCUACCAGCGACGGAUCCAGAGGCGGGUGGACUCUCCGUACCCGGUUGCCACGAUCGCAGGGCCUCCUCAUGCGGGACCCACGUGCUCAUGCCAACAGUGCUUGCUGAACAGUGGGACGGGCCCUAUUACCUCCCGAUAUCGGCACUCCAUGGUGAACGUCCCUGGGCCCUCGGCUGGGACCGCCCCCCGACCUGCCGCUGGGAUGCAGGGGGCUGGCAGGACAGCUGGGCUUACUUCUCCUCUCGGGGGCUUUGUGCCUUAUAACAAGCCGACCCUGACUGGAGCGAGGUCGAUGCCGAGACUGAAUCUACACGGCUCCAGCGCAGUGCCGCAACCCUCAGCCGUUGGCGGGCCGAGCCCAGCAAACACCGCAUCCAAAGGAGCCAGUGUACCAAAGCUACCAGUGAACAUGUCCAGACCCAGCAAAAUGAGCCAAGCUCUGGCAGGCGUGAUGACCUUUCUGAUGUCAGUCCCCGGACUUCCUGUGCACCUCACCCUGACGCCUCAGCCCGUCAGAGCCCAUAGAGCCUCUAAAAAACACAGCUCAGUUAAGGAGGGGAGGAGAGAGACCUCCAAAGGCGGCAUCAGCGACCCUGAAGAGGUGGUGAAGAAGUAUUUGGAGGAGCUGAAGGCGCCCCCUGCCGACGAGGACUGCCUCAUCUGCAUGGAAAAACUCGGGGCGGCUUCGGGCUACAGCGACACGUACGAGAGCCAGACAAUCCGGCCCGAGAGCGUGGGGAAGCUUGCCAAGUGCACCCACGCCUUUCACCUCCUCUGCAUGCUGGCCAUGUACACCAGCGGCAACAAGGAUGGCAGCCUCCAGUGUCCGUCUUGCAAGACCAUCUACGGGGAGAAGACGGGCACCCAGCCCAGUGGGAAGAUGGACGUCUCCACGCUCCCUGAGUCCCUCCCGGGCCAUGAGGACUGUGGGACGAUACAGAUUGUGUACUACAUCAACAAGGGCAUUCAGGGUCCGGAGCAUCCCAACCCUGGGCACCCGUAUACCGCCAGGGGCUUUCCGCGCUAUUGUUACCUGCCAGAUAAUGAGAAGGGAAGAAAGGCCUUGCAGCUCUUGAAGGUGGCUUGGAGGCGGCGCUUGAUCUUCACCGUGGGGACCUCCAGCACGACGGGCGAGAGCAACACCGUGGUGUGGAACGAGAUCCACCACAAGACGGAGAUGCACUCCAACAUCUCGGGCCACGGUUACCCAGACCCCAACUACCUGGACAACGUGCUGGCUGAGUUGGCAGCUCAGGGCGUCACGGAGAACUGUUUGAGACCCUGAGCGUGCUUCUCCCCAGUGGACCGGACCGGUGUCAGUGCGGCGGAGCCUGCUUUCGGACUGCGGGUGCCUCCCCUGAGGGUUGCGGCCGCUGUUCCAGCCGGUCGCCCCUGUUGCCUUAAGUUCGCUUGGCCCCUUUUUUUUUCUUGAGCAAUAACAUUGUCUCUGGGACCACCCAGCCUGGCUGUGUGGGGAGAAGGUUUCUGUGCUAAGUUUUGUAUCUUCCUAAGGGCUCCCGGUCCUCAUCCAACCUCAAUGUAUGCAGUGCAGCCUUCUCCCUCCUGUGUAGGUGAAACACAUAAAAGGACGGUGGCUUAA